CAUUGUUUCUUUGGUUUCAAAAUUUAAUAAAAAAAAAAAAAGAAAUGGAAAAUCAUUCAUCCAUAGAUCUAAAAAAUAUGGAUUGGCAUUACCGUGGAGAGGGAAAUAUGAAUCUAGUCAUUGCAUUGAAUAACAAUAAAAUUUUACGUAUAACAAAGACAACAAAAAAUGAUCAUAAAAUAGAAUGUGCGAAUAAAUUAAAUUAUAAAAAAUUUUAUGAUUAUUUAUUUCCAUUAUUACAUAAUUAUAUUCAAGAACAACAAAUCGUUUAUAUAAAUGAAGAAGAUAUGAAAAUUUUAGAACAACAAUUAGAAAAAUAUCGUCCGAAACAUCGAUUACAUAAACAUUUACAAUAUGGUGAAGUGAUUUUAAGUCCAGAUUAUACAUUCUUAUCCAAAAAGAAUCAGAAUCAAUUAAAUAAAAAUGUAUUUUGUGUUGAAUUAAAAUUAAAACAAGGAUGGAUACCAAUAUCAGAUCGAACUGUUAAGUGUACUUAUUGUUUACAUCAAUAUUAUAAAUUAUCUUUGGGUCAAAUAUUAAAAGUUAGUAAAUAUUGUCCAUUAAAUAUAUUUUCUGGAAAUUAUUUACGAAUGAAACAUGCUUUAAAAGCACUGUUAGAUCAUCCACAAAAUAAUUUACAAAUUUUUAAAAAUGGUCAAAUUGUUUAUGCAAAUGAUUAUACAGAAAUGCAAUUAAUUAAAACAUUUCAAGAAAUAUUUUUAUCAGAAAAUCAUCAAAUUGUAUCGGAUUCAGUUUUAAAAAUUUAUCCAAAUUUAAAUGAAUGGGAUUUAAUUAAAAUUGAAUCUGAAAUACAAAAUGAUGAAUCAAUUAAAUCGAUACUUAUUGAUUAUUUAAUGUUUUCAACAUUUCGAGAUUGUUCAAUUAUGUUAACAUUUACAUUAAUCGAUCAAAAUAAUCAAUUACAGCAGCCAUUAGAAGAUCUGCAAUCAAAAAUCUUAUUAAAUAAUGGAUUGUUGUUUGAAACAAAUAUUGGUAUAACAGAUCUUGAUCCAAAAACUUUAAGUUCAUUGAAAAAGCAUUGGAUUCAAAUGAAUGCUGCGCUAGAAGCUUAUAAAACUUUAUCCGCUAAAUCAUUAGAUAUUUAA